UCCACUACAUGCGCGAACACGAGGAGAUGGAGGAUUACACGUUUCUGCAAGCGGGCGGCGAAUGGAACUUCACGCACGCAGACAUUCGGGUGGGAGCAGGAGGGGCUCUGCUGACAAAGCAGCGGGCGCGAGCUCGACUCACUUGGUGUUGCGUCGGGGGGGUCGACGAUGCAGACUUCAGGGCCAUCAAUGGUGUGGUUUCAAUCGACUCCAGCGCCUGCCAAGCUCAUGCAGUUGUACUGGAGUUGUGCGGACUGCAGAGCGGAACGGCUGUGUUUCUGACCCACUCAGGCACGUUCAAAGGCGAGAGCUGCCUCUUCCAGCACAACUACAACCAUGUCCAGAUCUUUGCCCAUACCGCCGUAUCUCUCACCAACUGCACCAUGUGGAACCAUUCCAGCACGCUGUGGGUCGGGCAUGAGCUGUGCGACGAGGAGGCGAUCAUCCACCUUGACGGUGUUGCCGUCUUCGGUUCGCUAUGGCGCAACGACUGGCGGCCGGCUAUCUGUGACUUCAACAAUGUCUUCGAGUACUCCAAGGCCGCACGCCCUGACAGGCCAUACCCGCCUCAGAGGAAAGUCAGGACUGCCAGUGGUGCGGCCAGCAAGCCGAGGGCACCCACUGAGAGCGGCGGAGGACUGGGAGGAUGCGGCAGUGGAGGAUGUGGUAGUGGAGGAUGCGGGGGCGGCGGCUGUGGGGGCGGUCUUGAUUAGUGAUGAUGUAAAAUUAGUUGCG